AAUAUGUUUAAUUUUUACUUUCAUUGUUAGGUUUACAAGCAAAAAGAAAUUUCACGAAAAGUGGGAGAAGAAGAAAGAAGGGACUUAAUUGAAGAGAUUAAAAGUUGAAGGGUAAAAUGCAUUGAAGUCAAAAAUCAAAAAACCAAAAAAACUAAAGCCCACUCCAAAAACCCAAAGCUUACCAACUACCCAAGCCCAAAAUCCCAAAACAAAACCCAAAACCCAAACCCAAAACCCAAAAAGAAAAAAGAAAGGGGAAAUAAAAAUGGAUCUGGAACCUUCUUCGUCCUGACCCUGAUUUUCCCCUUUGCCUUCCCUCCCCACAAACCAGCCGGCAGCCACAUGCCGAGCCAUCAUCAGCCACCCCCACUCUACACGAACCAGCCUGCACCUGCCCUGCACCGAGCCCAGACCCCUAGCCCUGCUGCCUUCACCCCUCUGCUACCACGAACCAGCCUUGUUCCUGCACCUGCCCUGCACCGAACCUGGCCCCAAUCCCGCGCCUUCUACACCAGAUCUCCUGCUCUUUCUACGCCCGAAUCGCCUGCACUCUGCACCAGCCAUCACCGGCAAUCAUGCCCUGCACGCCCGAGCCAUCAGACCCCCCCUACGCCCCUCUGCUGCACCAAAUCUCCUGCCCCUUUCUGUGCCCAAAUCGCCUGCACUCUGCACCAGCCAUCACCGGCAAUCAUGCCCUGCACGCCCGAGCCAUCAUACCCCCCCACCCCCCUCUGCUGCACUGAGUCCUGCCCUUGCCGCCCGGCCUUGCUUCCUGCACCAGCCUUGCUUUGCGUCCCAAUCCCAUGCCCCUGCCUUCUGCACACUACAGCCAUACGAAAAAAACAGCCAAUACCAAACAAAAUUGGCAUCAUUGAUUGACAGAUUGAAGGAAGAUUGGUGUUUGAGAAAGAAGAUUUAUGAGUUGCAAGACGUAUAGCUCUGAACAGAGGAUUUUUGUUAGGAAAAUGGGGAAGGAGAUGGUGGAAGCUUGAUCCCGUGGGUGGGAUUCCUUCCACCAGAUCCAGAUCUGUUUUUCUUUCAAAAUUUCACCGUGUUUGUCUGUUUACUUUCUUUAGAUCUGAUGUUAAGAUUUGUAUUCGUUGGAAAAUGAAUGAAAAAUCAAGAAAAAAAAUUGUUCAGU